GCAAACCUUAUCCCUCACUCUAGAGGCGUCGUCAUUCGUUCUCAGUACUUUGGAAGGAUUUGAUUCUGGCUUAUAUCUGUUCUCCACUAAGUUGUCUUUAAUGGGUCAAUAUAAAGUGAAAGAGUAGCAAUCUGGAGGUCUACGAUGACAAAAUACUAUGACAUUGAUGACAUUAUCACAGAGGAAGAGAUUGUAUCAGUUAUAUUCCAAAAGGCAGCGUCAGGAGUGGGAAUAGAUCCCAGUUCUGAAAAUGAUUACAUUGAAACAGGUUCCAAGGUGGAGCUGCCUUUCUGGCUCGCUCAUGAGCUACAAUUGAGACAAGUAGUAUCGAUCAACAUUCCCUCUUGUUUUGAUCAAAAAACUAGACUAGAGAUUCAGGCUGAUUGUGCCAGUGUGGAUCUGAGGUCUCGGUGUCCAUUCUUUUAUGAAUUUGGAUGCAAGAUAGCACCCGUGGUUGGCGAUAGGACAAUUGGAUUUCUGCUCUUGUCUGCAUUUAAGAAUAGGUACAAGGAACUACUCACCAAGGCGCAUACUGCAGCAUUUUCAGCGGCUACCAAAAUCUGGUCAAUCCUAACAAACGAAGAGAUCAAUUUGUAUGAGGCAGCUCAAUCCUCCAUGGCAUCCUUUAAGAAGUGGCGAAUUGGGGGACCUAGAUUUCAGAAAGCCCCUGUUCUUGGAAGAAAGAGAAAUCAACUGAAUAAUUACUCCUUAAACUUGUCAGGCGUCUUUGACAAAAAAGAAUUGUUAGGCUUCUAUGAAUAUCUCAUUUCACCUCUCUCUCUGCGUGGAGUAACUUCUAUAAAUUCAGCUUAUUAUUUCAAUUACUCAUGACUCGAGGAAAAAAAUUUAGUAUGUGUUGCGGUAGUUUGAUGAUUCCCGGUGAAGGGUAUGAACACCAGAGAUUGGCCACUUUAAAAGAUUUGAUUUUUCUU